GGUAAUCGCAAAAAUGGAUAUGCUAGAAGGCAAGAUGUUACUGGACAAGGACGGCGUUUGUCGCCCAGUCAAACAGAUUCUCAAAAACAAGAAAAUAAUCAUUUAUUUUUUUACCGCUUCUUACGUGGAGAAUUCGGAAAUCAUCGAAAAGUUGCAAGAAGUAUACAAAGAAAACGAGAAACGAGAUACGGGUAUGGUAAUCAUCUACGUAUCUUCAGAUGGUGAGGAAGAAAACUUCAAGUACGAUUUCGGUAGACAGGGACCUUGGGUAGCGAUACCAUUCAAAGAUGCCACGGCUGACGAGCUUAGGUACAAAUACGACAUAAGUUGUCUGCCUGCUCUGGUCGUGGUCAACCAAGAUGGAGAUAUAAUCACUAGGAGAGGAAAAGAAGAGCUGGAGCAACUAGCCGUGAAUGUUAUAGUAACUUGGAGCGAAUAUGUUCAACAAUAAAUGUCGUGAGCUACUGAAAUUCAUGCAAG